AAAAAUAAAAAAAAUAAACACUUUUAAGUUUUAAAAAACUUAACCAAGUGUCAAGUAGUUUUGAGAUAAUAAAUUAACUUUGUAAACCUCUCUGUAAUUGGUUGAGGAAUGCUUGUCACCUACUCCUCUUAAAAGCUUAAGUUCCCACUCCCACUCUACUUCUCUUCCUCAACUUUUCUCCUAGAAAAAAAUAAAUUAAAAUUCUAUACAUACAUACAUUUGUAUCUAUAUAUAUUCCUAGUAAUUCUAAAGUAAAUUGCUAAUCUUUGAUCUGCUCUGUUUUUGUUUUUUGUUUUUUUGUUUUUUGUUGCUGAAUGAUCUCUAUGAGUAUGGAAAAGCAUAAAUGCAAGUUAUGUUCAAAGAGAUUCUUGAGUGGAAAAGCUUUAGGUGGUCACAUGAGGUCUCAUUUAAUACCUCUACCACUUCCACCUAAGACUCCGCCGUUAAAUCAAGAUUCCGGCGGCCGUACCGAGUCAACUCUGUCACUCUGUUCAUCGGAAAAUCAAGAAGAUAAAAUUGUGGAAGAGAAAGAUUUUUAUUAUGGGUUGAGAGAAAACCCAAAGAAAAGCUUCAGAAUGAUAGAUCCUGAGUUUUUAGAUGAUGGGUUUGUGGUACAAGACAGAGAAAGUGAGACUGAGUCGGAAAAAAACUCAACAAAUCGGAGUAGAAGAUCUAAAAGAAGUCGAAGAAUGGUUGAAAAUGAUGAACGAAUUGAGGAAGAGAAAGUAACUGAUUUUGGGUCAUUGAGUUUGUAUUCAGAUGAUGCAGAUAUUGCUAUGUGUUUAAUGAUGCUUUCAAGAGAUGUCACAAAAUUGAAGCCAAAAUACCAAUGUGGGAUUUGUUACAAAAUGUUCAAAACUUCUCAAGCUUUAGGUAGUCAUAAAACCAUUCACAAGAACAAACACAAGAGCUAUGAGGAAGAAGAAGAGGCGCAAAAAAUAUCAUCAAAGAGAAAACUAAAACUAGUUGCAAGUGUGGAUCAGAAAUUGCAUGAAUGCCUAUUUUGUGGGAAAUUUUUUCAAUCAGGUCAAGCAUUAGGUGGUCAUAAAAGAUCACAUCUUGUUAUUAUGAGUUCAUCAACAACAACAGGUUCUUGUUCAUCAACAAAACUUGGUGAUAGUUUAAUGGAAUACUCAAAUUCAGCUAAUUUACCCAAUGAGUUCAUAGAUCUUAACAUGCCAGCACCACUUGAAGACAAUGAUUUUUUCCAACAAGAAUUUGCAUGAGAGGUUAAAGAAUUGUCUUUUAGUUAUUUUUUCUUAAAUGGGGUUUGCUUAUCUGUAGAAAAAGUAAUGAUCUUUAUUAGUCCCAUUUUAGCUCCUCUUGUUUUGGGGAUAGCUGUAACUUGUAACACAACAUUGCUUUGAAACUUUCACAAGCAACCUGGACAAUUAGUUGCAGAUGCAAACAACUGAUACAGUACUGU